AUGACAUUCAGAUUGCUUGUACAACAGUUUCGGAAUUUGACAUUACGACGAGUAGAUAGUGACACUGUUCUGUACGAACACAGCAAGGACCGUUUCUUUAGGAUAGUAGGAUGGUUGUCUCUCACUCCAAUUGUUUUCGGUAUGUAUCCUGCCAAUUUUGUGUUUCAUCAACUCUGGAAGAGAGACAACCAAACUCCAGUAGCACUAAAGUUGCAAGUAGGACUUGCUUGUGUUUCCUCGGCCUGUGCCGUAUCUCUCAGUGCUGUCGGUCUGCUAUUUGUUUACAGAAAUGUUCGAAUGUUGGAGGCUCUAAAGGGAGGAACUCAUAUUCGAAUCACCACAUAUUCAAUAUGGCGUCGUAAGCGAUCAUUUGUGACCGCGCUGAAUGAUGUUGUUGCUACUGGAAGCAGCAGUUCUACUGUACAUAUUCCGGGACAAGUGUCACUUAAAGUGAAAGGAAAACUUUUUCGAUUUCUAGUGGAUGGUCAGGGACAGGUACACAACAGAAAAUUGAUGAAUGCAAUAAUCGCAGCUCGCAGACAGUGGUGA